AUGUUUCUCGACCUCGACCAGAUGCGCGCGACUAAGCCCACCUGCCGCAAGAUCUGCAGAGCUGCACGCCGGUUGCUCAACGACGUGCGGUGGCUGGGCAUGCAUUUCCGCCUCCCGCACAUCUACAACACGCUCCAAGACCUCUUGUCUUACGACGCGAUGAUCCAAGCCGCUCGCUGCCGCAGCGAUCUCACCACCGCUGAGUUCGAUGAGCGCUUCCUUCCCCGGGUUCUCCAUCGACUUGACCCGCUCAUCGAAGAAGAGUUCGGGCGUCUCCUUGAGGACGCUCGACGCGACUUGCUGUCGGGCGCGCGGCCGUGGCUGUCUCGCGCAGCUCUCGCGAGGGUGCGGGCUUGCCCCGCUGAGGCAGCGCAGCGCAGCGAAGCGGAGGCCGACGUCAUUGGCCCGACCAUGCUUCCGCUGCUACCGCUGCACCUGGCCUUGUUUGUACGGCUCAGCGGCGAUUGCGUGGCCGCCCUCGCCGACGCGCACCCUCCGUCGCCAAGCUGGCCGCUCGCCGACCUGCUGCGGGCGCGUCAGUGCGGCGAGGCGGCUGCCCUCCAGGUGCUAGCUGGAGGAGUGGCAGCGGCGGCCAACAGGGGUGCUCUUCCUCUCCAACUUAGCGAGUACGAGCCCACAUUCCUGCACGUCGCGUGCACCGGCACGCCCAGUGCGGCGCUGAUUCGCGCCCUCCUCGAGCUGAGCCCCGUGGCGGCCGCUCACCCUCUCACUAGGGACGGCUUGUGCGAGCUGCCGCUGCAACGCCUCUGUCGUGGCAUGGGGGAAGACGGCUGGCGCACGUCGCCGGAUGCGCCGGAGGCCGUCGCGCUGCUCGCACGCGCACACCCCGCGGCGCUGGCGGAACGGGCAGAUUACCAGUCGACCGACGGGGCGACACCUCUCUUCUUGGCAGCGCUUCACUGCCCAGAGCAAGUCCCUGCGCUGCUCGGGGUUUAUCCGGCCGCCGCCGCGGUCGAGUUUGACGACAGCUGCAGUGACAGCGAGCACGCCGGCAUGCUGCCGCUGCACGCCGCCACGGCGAGCGCGGCCGGCCAGCUGCCGCACCACUGCGCAGCGCGGCGCGGCCACCUAGCGGCUCUGCGGCUGCUGGUGGAGGCGCACCCCGACGGCCUUCAGCACGAGGACGUGGACGGCUACCAGCCUGGCGAGUAG